GUGGAAGAAGCAGCGUUGCUUGUGACGGACCUUCUGCUUUGGCGCGGCAACGUGAAGGAUAUCGACACGGUCUUGUCUUUGACGCUUGUGCUGCAGAAGAGCAACAUAGGUGUGCUUGAACUCUCUUUGAAUCACCACCAGAUCGCCGCUGUUAAAUACUCAAGUCGUUCGACAGCUCCACGAGCUACGGUUUGCAUUGGCGGCGUCUCAAGGGCCUAG